AAUACAUACCGAAAAGAUUAACUUUUGAUACGAUUAUUUUGUUUCAGACCAUUUGAUGGUCUUCAAGUACAUGGAACAUAUUUGUACAUAGUAACCACCCUUUUGUUAACAUAGAUAAAUAACACCAUGGAGGAAAGGGUGGCCAAUCUUCUGGAGAAACAACACGAAAUUUCCAUGCAUCUUCUACCAGUUAUAAUAUGUAUGGUGAUAUUAGGUAUAUCCGGAUUAAUCGGUAACUGUCUCACGGUAGUGUUCUAUAUUAGGAAACAAAAGACUACUGCAUCAGUAACGUUAAUAGUAAGCCUGGCAGUGGUCGACCUUGCAGUAUGCGUGCUGAUUGUCCCAUGUGUUUUGGAAAUGCUUUCAAGUCUGACAUAUUACCAGGGAUUUAUGUGCAAACUAUCACAUUUCAGCACAAGGUGGACUAUUUCCAGCUCGUGUGCAAUUAUAUGGAUAAUUUCAAUCGACAGAUAUCGGAAAAUAUGUAAACCGUUUGAUAAACAGAUAACUCCUGCAAUGGUUAAGCGAGCAAUGUGUGCAACAGCUAUUAUCACAUUUCUACUUUCAGUGAAAAACUUUUUUACUUUUGAUAGUGUCUCCAUAGAUUUACACGAUUUUAGCAAUAACAGAACGCUUACGGGACGGUAUUGUACGACCCAUAAAGAUGAAAAGUACAGAAGCAUAACUUUAGCUUUCUAUGGCAUAGACGUUUGUUUAAUAUUGAUGGCUUUUCUAACAAUGGCGUUCACUUAUUCAAACAUUAUUUACACGCUAGUAAAACUUCGUCAAAAGAGGAAACGCACUUUUCAAAAUUUGAUUAUAUUUGAGGAAAUUUUGAAAAACAAAUUACCGAAACGCUUUACUCGUGUUUCUUCGGAUAUUUCUGGAAUGACACGUAAUACAACCGAGGUUUCGCUGAUAAAUUAUGCAACUGGCCAAGACAUUGACAAGAAAAGGCUCUCCAAUAUAACAGAUAAAUGUAGGACCGAUAUCAAUAACGAUACCAGCAAACCGAACAUCGCAAUUCAAGAGGAAGAUUUAGAAACAAAUCAGACUGUAAAGAUAUCUUGUGUGAAGAAAUCUAAGGAACACAAUCUAACUGUUAUGAUGCUAGUUGUGUCCAUACUUUACAUUCUGUGUUUCUCACCUUACUUUGCAAUCAGGAUAACUUUACGACUUGGUACCGGAAGUGACGAAUUUGAGAUGAACGCUGGCGUUCAGACUGCAUUACGGCUCGUUUACAUAAACAGCGUAUUCAAUCCCAUCAUUUACUUUAUCUUCAAUCCUAAAUUCCGACGAUUCGUCAAAAACAAAUUUAAGUGUUAAUUUAUUGAAGUUAAUGAAUAGCGAGUGUUGUACUUUGGUGUUAUUUUGUAUUGGUUAAACCAGUUUAUCUAGUCAUAUAAAAUCUACUACUAGUAAUUCAGGUAUUUCGUGAAAUGACAAGCUUUUUUUAAGAAACGAGUUCUGCUUUGUUAAAUUUUCUUGUCAGACUGUAACUAAAAGGAAAAUUAAGCUGUGAUUUUUUAAAUACAAUCUAUGUUCCUUUAAAAAAUUAUUAGAAAUAAUUCAAAUUUAACAGAAAAAUACUAGAACUAUGUUAUUGUUUUUUUUAUCUUUUUACUCUUUUUUUAUUGAUAUAAGCGCGUAUCUUACACUUCAAUUUUACUAUAAUAAUAGGUAUGUUAUAGGUAAUAACAGUAUGUAUUAUAUACAUAUAUACAGUAUCUUGUAUAUUUCAUGUGGUCCAUGAAUUUGCAAAACAAA